AUGCUAAUACACAACUGGUUGCUUAAUUAUCCGAAAAUCUAACUUUAACAUCUUUCUUUGUACGUCUAGACCAACUCGCGUGCACCUCAAAAAUAACUUUAACAUCCUCAUUUAACCUUCAAUCAAAAUGAAGGACGCCAUUUUCAGCUGUUAGAUCGAUCACAAAAAAUAACAGAAUAUCAGUCCUUGCAUCCACGGGAGCCUAUCUUAUUCUCUGGGGGACUUCCCAUGCUAAACUGUCUGUUACAGCAAACACUAAGAAGUCUCUGUACUUGCUCUGACUCUUCUUCUAAUGCUUCUAAUAAGUGGGUCUAUGCUGUCUUCUGGAAGAUUCUCCCCAGAAAUUAUCCUCCACCAAAAUGGGAUCAUGGAGGAGGCUUGAUUGAUCGCGCUAAAGGAAACAAGAGAAACUGGAUUCUUGUUUGGGAAGAUGGUUUCUGUGACUUUUAUGAAUGCGAACGAUCCAAAAGGGAAUUUGUAAGGAUAAAAUUUGGUGCUGACAUUUUCUUCAAAAUGGCUCAUGAGGUUUAUAAUUUUGGUGAAGGAGUGGUGGGCAAAGUUGCAGCAGAUAAUAGUCAUAAAUGGGUGUUUAAAGAUGCCCCAAACGAAAAAGAUUCAAGCUUUAUUUGCUCAUGGAAUCUAUCCAUUGAACCUCAACCAAGAGCCUGGGAAGUUCAGUUCAAUUCAGGCAUUCAGACUAUCGCGAUUAUAUCUGUUAGGGAAGGAAUCAUUCAGCUUGGCUCCUUUAAUAAGGUUGUUGAAGAUCUUAAUUUAGUAGUAAGCAUUCAGAGGAAAUUCAGCUACCUCCAAAGUAUACCGGGCAUUUAUGCAAUUCAAAGACCAUAUUUGCCAAUUCAACAUCCAUACACUUACAAGCCAAAAGAUACCACUUUAGUUAACGCGACGGAUCAUCAAAUGGAUGAUAAAAACCAGUUAAUUGGCCCGAAAAGACUUCAGGGUGAACGAUUACAAGAGUUUCCAGUUAAGGCCAUAAACAUAGGUUAUAAUAGCCCACAAGGCAUGGCUAGUCUACCUUUAUGGUCAAUUCCUUCUCUUUUGCCUUCAAUGCCUAGUAACGUUGGCGCUUUUCUUUCUAAAGCGCCAUCUAGUUAUGCCAAUGCAGUACAUGACAGUAUUUUUCAUGACGGAGUUAUGAGGAUGACCGAUACAAGCCAGAACAUCAAGGUUGAUGGAUUGGAUCAUUUAAAGUUUGAGGCAGCCGAGGAAGAUGACAAAUUUUCCUUAGACCAUACAAUGAGUCAGUGAUUAAUGAGAAUGAGAAGAAAUUGCGGCUUCCUGUUAUAUCUGCAGUUAAGUUGGCUCCAGUUUGUUAUAUCUGCAUAGUGUCUUAAGUACAUAAGAGGCAUUGUAUUAAGUAAUAGGGACCUGUUGCUGGUUGUUAGCUUAACUUGUUGGUGAAGUUCUGAAUACUUGAUUGUAUGAUAAUGACAUAGUAAUCUUUAGCAAUUUGUUCUCUUCAUAUUAUUUAUUGGAUAUACAUUUUCUGAAAAA